AAACAGAAAACUGUCAACGUCGUGCCAGAAGAUUAUCUUAGGUUAAGUUAUAUUUCUUGUUAUUGUUGAAAACCGAAAAGAAAUUUUUAUAAAAAAAUAUGCUUCCUUUGUCGCUACUCAGAACUGCUCAAAAUCAUCCUAUGUUGGUGGAAUUAAAAAACGGAGAAACUUACAAUGGUCACUUAGUUAGUUGUGAUAAUUGGAUGAAUAUAAAUCUACGAGAAGUUAUUUGUACAUCUAGGGAUGGUGACAAAUUUUGGAGGAUGCCGGAAUGCUAUAUUCGUGGAAGUACCAUAAAAUAUUUACGUAUACCAGACGAAGUUAUUGAUAUGGUUAAAGAAGAAACAAUUAUUAAAAAUAAAGGUAGAAACGAUAUAAAAGGAGGUAGAGGCGGGCAGAACCAAAGGAAUAGACCUGCUGCUAGAGGAAACUUUGGUGGAGCUAAGGGAAACAAACCAGGCGGACAAGGUGGAAGAAACCCUCAGUUUCAAAAACAAAAACCUAAACAAUAGAGUAUUUUCGAUUAUAAAGGUUGAAAUAACGUUAAUUUUAAGAAAAAUUGAUUAAUUUGUGUACACAUUUUACUUAAAUAUAUUAUGUAACACUUAAAAAUGA